CACAGGGAGGGGGAGCGCUGUGUGAGUGCACUAAAGUCAGCGGAGCUGCUUGGUGUGGUUUCCCGGCUUCUUCAGCCCAGCGACGGGGGAAGGAUGAUCUUCGGUCCGUCCCGGACCUCCUGCCACCGCUGACAACCACCCGAGGGGGAGCUCAGCACUCGCUGAGUGUGCCUCCCUAACUGCGUUCUGCAUUCCAGAGUCAAGCCCAGUUUCGCCAGGAUCAUGACCUCACCUGGGUCUAGUCUCCACAGCAAGCGCCUGACCUCGGAGACGGAGCGCGCUCAGAGGGUCCCGGCUGCGACGCGGCAGAUGAAGCGGCGCGACAGACAGCGUUUCUUUGAGGACGUCUUUCAGCACGAUGUGGAUGUUUACCUGUCUGCUGCUCACCUGCAGAUCGAGCACAAGAGACCUCCCAUCGGCAGCAUCUCCUCCAUGGAGGUGAACGUGGACAUGCUGGAGCAGAUGGAGCACAUUGACCUCUCAGACCAGGACACCCUGGACGUCUUCUUCCAUCCGGGGGCUGAGGAGGGCAUGUCCUCCCCACUGCCAGGUGCCGAUGAUGAAGACGACAGUGACGAGGACGACGAUGAAAAAGAGGAGAGGAAGGGGCACGACGCGGCGAUCUCGCUGCAGGUGCCCGAGGGCUGCGAGGCUAAGUUCCGCAUGUGGUCGACGUCCUCCGCCUCGACCGACCCCUGCAGCCUGGACCCCAGCGAGGAGGGCGGAGACACCCCCGUCGUCCAAUCGGACGAGGAGGACGUGCACGCCGACCACCUCCUGCUCACGGCCACGCCCCCUGCCACGGACGAAGAGGAGAAGCCUUCCGUCUCUUCAUAGCACGGCCUCCGGCGGUCCGCCUCCAACAGUCACCGGUUGUAGUACGCUGACCCCGGAUCAGCUCCGGCAGCUCUGAUGCAUGGGGAAGGGUAAGGUCGAGGGUCACUUGAGCUGAAUCCAGAUCGGGGCAGGAAGUGCCCAAAGCGUUGCCAUGUCGAUGAGGAGCCGGGCUGUAUUGUCCGCUUUAUAGGAAGUGGACCUCACUAAUGUCAGCAGACCGCUCAGCUGAGACUCUGGUCAUUAAUUUUCCUCUUUUAAGGGAUUUUUUUGUAGUGCAGGUUUCACGCCUUCUUCUUUUUGGAGUGAAUUUGGCUUGGCACACUCCCUUUAGUCAACCGCCAGAAGGUGCCAAAGCUCCUUUGACAAAUGCGAUUUGUUCUCUUGCCCAUUCCCAGCAGUUACACUAUGAUUAUUUGAAGAUAUGUAGUAAUAUUCUUCCCGCAUAGUACAUAUGUUUUGAAAAUUCAAUUAGACUGAAAAUAUUAGUGGAGUAGUCUCCUGUUGAAAUGCAUGAUUCUUUUUUUUUGCUAUGGAAUUCAGUAGCUAGUAUAUGUUUAUUUAGCUUGCAUCCUAAAAAACUGUAGCAGUAUUUUUUUUUGUAUAAUAAGAUAGAUAGCUGCUGUUGAAUUAGCUUGUUACUGUGUGGUGUCAUUGUAUAGGAAUGGGCACAUAAAUGCAGCCAUGACCAUUUCAGUGUUGUACAGACUGCUCAGGAUUGUUCCAAAUUCUGUCUGGAAAAACCUCACUGGCUGUGGUACCUGAAGCAGGCUGGACUGCAGUGUACAUCCAUGUUUCCAAAAUAUGAUCCUGUAAUAUUGCUCUGCCUCCCCCCCCCCCCCCCCCCCCCACAAAAUGCUGAAUUAGUUGGAUGCCACUGAACCUUUCAUUGAAUUAUGUUUUCUACUGGAACUUUUUGAGCUAACAGCUUUACACCUGCAUUGUUGGAAGCCAGCACUACUGAAACCAUAAAAUGUCUGUAUGGUUUAAUUAUUAAACUGUGUUGACAUGUCUCAAAUCAAAUGUCAUGGAGAUUUAGGUAACCUGCAAUAUUGAUCGCCCCUUUGGUCAAGCAUCUACCAUGAGAAUUAAUUAGUUAUUAAGAUUAUUUUCUUCAAACAAAAAACAAACUGUUGGAACCCAAUGGUUUCAUGCAAAAAAUAAAGAUACACUUACCAAGAA